AUGCACGAGCUCGGGCAAGCUGCCGGUGGUGCGGUCGAUGUGGCCCGGCACCUUUCGAAGAGAGCCGUGGACGGUUUUGCCGAAGGCGCGACAAGUCUGUACAAGCGAUCAGCCACAUAUGAAGGCAUUGAGGAAGACCUUGACCUGGGCCCCAAGAUGAACUAUUCCCUUGGAUUGUCCGCGGUUCUCGUUGCAGCCGUACUGUCUGGGCUGACGGGGGUGUACUUUGAGAAGGUGCUCAAGGAAUCGAGCUCGCCUGUCUCCGUGUGGACGCGGAACAUUCAGCUAUCAUUCUACAGCCUCUUUCCUGCCCUUUUCUUCGGGGUGAUCAUGAAGGACGGAGACGACAUCGCCAAGCACGGGUUCUUCGAGGGCUACAACUCCAUCGUCUGGACAGCGAUCGUCUUCCAGGCCAUUGGGGGUGUAUUGACAAGCCUCUGCAUCAACUACGCGGACAACAUCGCCAAGAACUUCGCUACAAGCAUCAGCAUCGUGGUCAGCUUUAUAUUCAGCCUCUGGUUCUUUGGCUUCCAGGUCUCGACAAUGUUUAUCCUGGGAACCGCCUUGGUGAUCUUCUCGACCUGGCUGUACAGUGGCCCUGACAGGAAGCGCGGCCGGCCCCCACCUAUCAGCAUCGUCGGCUACGAGAAGACAGUCAUCGCUUCAACUCCAAGACUGCAGUCACCGGAGGACACGAAGUUGCUCAACCCGAUGGAUUCCGCUUCGUCUCUCGGUCUGUCGACUUCUAGACCCUCGACGCCUCUGGGACACCACGCGAGGGUCCCAUCUGCUAGAGGCAAGGCGCGAGACGAAUAG